AGAAUCGUACCGCUGCGAACCGGAACUAGCGAGGUUGCAAGAACUAAAUUCUUCCAUCUUUUCCCUCGUGUUCUUGAAUAAGAUUGUUGUUUUCAUCAAAUAUUCUACAAGAAAUUAAAUAAGAUUAUAGGAGAUCUACAAAGGAACGUCGAGAUGUUAAUGCCAAAAAAGAAUCGUGUGGCCAUAUAUGAAUACCUUUUUAAAGAAGGUGUAAUGGUAGCGAAAAAGGACUACCAUGCUUCAAAGCAUCCAGAGUUAGAAACAAUUCCAAAUUUAGAAGUUAUUAAAGCAAUGCAGUCCCUCAAAUCCAGAGGUUAUGUCAAAGAACAAUUUGCUUGGCGACAUUUUUAUUGGUAUUUGACCAAUGAGGGAAUUGAAUAUUUACGUGGAUUCUUGCAUCUACCACCAGAGAUUGUUCCAUCUACGCUCAAGAGACAAGUUAGGUCAGAAACUUCAAGACCUAGGCCAACCGCAGGUCCAAGAAGCGAGGCUUCAAGACCGACAGAAGACCGUGCUGGUUACAGACGAGGACCAGGAGGUCUUACUGGACCUGGCGAUAAAAAAGCCGAUGUUGGUGCAGGUACAGGUGACUUAGAAUUCCGUGGUGGCUUUGGGCGUGGAAAAGCUCCGUAAAUAAUUUUUGUAAAAUAAAAUAAUCAAAAUCAGAUAUUCUGUUUCUAAUUCGUUAUAUUUCUGAUUUCUACUUCUUUAUUACUUGUUAUUUAUAUACCAUUGUUAAUAUAUAAUAUGAAAACUAUAUCAUCCAAAAUGUACAUAUGAAAUAGUCGAGAAUAAUAUGAACAACUCCUUUAAAUUGAUAACACUCUCCUCAUUCCAUAGAUUGAAAUCAUUGUUGGAAUUCAUUUUUGUAAGAUAAAGAAGAAUGAUAAAGUGUACUUAUGUUUUUCACAUUUGGUAAUUAUAUUAAAGUUACUUUUUAAAUAGCUAAUGUAUGUAAAGAACUGUACGAUUUUAUAAUAGUGUAAUACAUUUGCUGUCAAGAGAAGAACUAGUCAACAAUA